GGCCGGCGGGAGGCAGCAUGGAGCAGGCCGCGGCGCCGGGCGAGGCGCUCAACGGCAGCGAGGCGGCCCCGGGCCCGGCCCGCCCGCCCGCCACGGCCGAGGGCAUGGCGCUGGCCUACGGCAGCCUGGUGCUCAUGGCGCUGCUGCCCAUCUUCUUCGGCGCGCUGCGCUCCGUCGCCUGCGCCAAGAGCAAGAACUCCUCUGACAUGCCGGAGACCAUCACCAGCCGAGACGCCGCGCGCUUCCCCAUCGUAGCCAGCUGCACCCUGCUAGGACUCUACCUCUUCUUCAAGAUCUUCUCUCAAGAAUACAUCAACCUCCUGCUCUCCAUGUAUUUCUUCGUCCUGGGGAUUCUUGCUCUGUCCCACACCAUCAGCCCCAUGAUGAACAAAGUCUUCCCGGCUAACUUCCCCAGCAAGCAGUACCAGCUGCUCUUCACCCAGGGCUCAGGGGAGGCCAAGGAAGAGAUUGUGAAUUAUGAGUUUGAUACCAAGGACCUUGUGUGCCUGGCUAUGAGCAGCGUCGUGGGGGUCUGGUACCUACUGAGGAAGCACUGGAUCGCCAACAACCUCUUUGGGCUUGCCUUCUCCCUCAACGGGGUGGAGCUGCUGCACUUGAACAACGUCAGCACUGGCUGCAUCCUGCUUGGAGGGCUCUUCAUCUACGACGUGUUCUGGGUCUUCGGCACCAACGUGAUGGUGACUGUUGCCAAAUCGUUUGAGGCGCCAAUAAAACUGGUUUUCCCCCAGGACCUGCUGGAGAAGGGGCUGGAAGCUGACAACUUCGCCAUGCUGGGCCUGGGAGAUAUUGUCAUUCCAGGAAUCUUCAUUGCCUUGCUGCUGCGUUUCGACAUCAGCUUGAAGAAGAAUACGCACACGUACUUCUACACCAGCUUCGUGGCUUACAUCUUCGGCCUGGGCCUCACCAUCUUCAUCAUGCACAUCUUCAAGCAUGCCCAGCCGGCGCUGCUGUACCUGGUCCCUGCCUGCAUCGGGUUCCCUCUGCUCGUGGCUUUGGUGAAGGGAGAAGUCACUGAAAUGUUCAGCUACGAAUCCUCUGCUGAAAUCUUGCCACACACGCCGCGACUUACCCACUUCCCCACCGUGUCCGGUUCGCCGGCCAGCCUGGCCGAUUCCAUGCAGCAGAAACUGUCCUGCCCCCGCCGACGCCGGCAGCAAAGCCCCAGCGCCAUGUAGCCUCCGCCCACCAGGCCCUUUCCUUGCCUCUCUGGCCAGGUACGGUCGGUCCCUCAAGGGUCUUCCUGCCCUGCUCGCUCCCCUGCCGCAGCUUGUCUUCAGGGGGGAGCCGUCGGCCUCCCUGCUGUCGCACUCUUCCCUGGCGCUGGGGCCCCUUCCCCACUCGCGCCAUCCUGGGCGCAGUCGAAACCUACCCGUUUACCCAGUCUGGGCCAGCUGAUCCCAAGGGAUCAUCUGCUUGUGGGGCUGGAGGGGGUGUUGCUGUUUAUCGCUGUCUAGGGUGGGCACGAGGGCAGCAGCUUUGUGCUCCUGGCAGAGGCUUUGCUGCUUCUGUAUCUCUUCCACCCCCACGCUCCUCUGUGCAGAGCUGGGGUCCCAGGAUGGCGUCUCUGUCGGACCCUUACCCCUGCCCUUCCCUUGACCACGUGGCUGCAGUGAACUCGCCCUGGGGAAAGUCGAGAGUGCCUUGCUGCACAUGCAGCCAGCCCUGGCUGAGCCGGAGCCGCUCGUCCCUCAGCCGCCAGCUGACCGGGGUGCCCGAAAAUCCUGGUUCUGCAUGCCCUGUGGGGUGGGGAAAUGCACUGUUUACCCAUGACUUCUGCAUGGCCUUGACGUGCCUAGGAGCUGCCUCUGAUAGAUACCCGCCGAGUUGCACAUGCACGCGUGCGUGUGUGUGUGUGUGCACGUUUGUGUGGUGCGGGGCCUAGUGCUGGGAAGCUCAGUCUGGGGCAGCCAGGUCCUCUCCUCAUCCUGCCUGGGGCUCCGUGCUGACAGUCCUCCCCUGCCCCGAGGCACAAGUCUGACAGGGUGGGUGCAGCGCCGGGGUCCCUGCGGCUUGUGUCCUGAUCUCAUCCUGCUGCCCCUGACACGCCGGCACGACGCACCCAGGAGCUCUCCCCGCCGUGCCGGGAGCCGAGCCGCUCAGCUGGCCCAUCCUUCGGGCAGGCUUUGCCUUCGACGCCACCCUCCCCGCUACUGUGACGUGCACCCGUGCUGGCUGCGCUGCCUCCACAGCACAGAGGGGCUAAGCCUCCCCACAGGAGGAAGGGGCUUAACCUCCCCCACAUCUUCUCCCUCUCUCCUCUCCAGCUACGAGGAGAGCUCCACUCCCAAGGAGGUGCCCGCGGCCUCCAAGGACGGACUGACAGACGGGGAGAAGAAAGAGAA